CACUACUUUUCUUGUCUAGAGUAGGAGCAGCUGAUGUUGAUGGCCUUUUCUCCAGCAAGUCAAUAGAUGUUUUGCAGGUGCUCCAAGGUCUCGUCGAUGAUCACUGUCACAAUCAUGAUGCGACUUGUUCUGCGAGCGUGAGAGUCUGACUGACAGCAAAUUUUGCCGCUUCUCCACGUCCGCUGGCAAAAUGAGCGAAAGAAAAUUCGCCAGGGCCCUCAAAAAGCCAGGAAUGGCAGCGCAUUUGCGCGAAACGAUGUCGCAGGUCGUGCGAGAAACAUCUUCGCAUUCCUCGGCACCUGAACUCGUGACUCCAAUUGAAUACGAGGCUUUCAUACUCAAAAAUAAGACUCUGCUGCAGAACGACCCGCAAAGAGAGCUGCUUUUGUAUCCAUCGGACGAUGUUUCGCAAGUUAUUCUGCCUCGUAAAUUUCGAACCGUGCUUCCACCUCUGCCAGGAUGUGUGGUGGCCGGCGAGGACCAGCUGGCAAAAUUGGCUCAGAGCCCACUUCUGGCGAGGGAGAGCCUCAGAAGCUACAAUACCAACUGGAACCUUGUCCACUUCAAGUACAGCAGUCAUGCAGGCACCUACCAUGAUCUACCAAAAACGACCAAGCCUGAAGAACUCAGGGAGGAAGUUUAUGAAAUUGACGCAGACAUCGACGCAGGAGAUGAAUCAUCUGAUAGAUCUAUUGACAUAACAAAACAAGGAAUCUUAUUGAAGGGACCUGAGAGUGGCCAGGAACGAAUAUUUGUCAACCUGGCCUCCAAAACUUUCAAAAGACGCUACUGUUAUUUAAAGAGAGAGGUUGACGGGACGUACAUCCUUGAAAUGCAGAAACCUGAAAAGAGGGGCGAUCCGAAGAGUGAUUUUGUGAUGGAUUUUUGUACUGAAGUUGUCAAGAACCCCAAGAGAGGGCGAUUUGCUUUUGAGCUCAAGUUCGCUGGUAGCUCGUCUGGCAGCGGCACAAAGGUGGUCUGUUUUGCUGCCGAGACCGAGGCUGAAAUGAACGACUGGGUUGCAGCCUUGAGCUUAAUCGUGGCGCAAAAUAAACAAAACGACGAUAAAAAGCUUACAGAGAGAGAGUCAGUUGCUUCACCUUCGCCGCACACAUGGUCCUUUGGCACCCUGAAGGGGUUGGAAAACAGUAUGAUACCUGAGCUAGUCAGGUACUCUCGAGAGACAGACUCGUCAAUCGCAGCCGCAAGGCAGGACAACCGACGCAGACUUUUUGCUGUCUGCCCCCACCUACCUGAAUCUGUUGCUAAAAAAGAAUCUCUUGAUGCCACCGCCGAACCUUACAGAGAACAGUUCGGGCUGAGACUCUUAGUUAAAUGUGAAGGUUUUUCCUUGAAACUGCAUUCACAACUAGGAGAUGAAAAUAUUUCUCAGAUUGAGCCAUAUUUCCUCAUUCUGGCACUUUUCGAUGCCAAGGAUAAUAGGAAAUUGACUGAAGACAUUCACUUUGAUGUUAAUUCAGAUGAAGCCAAAGCCAUGCUGGUGCAGAAUGGUGAGGAAAACGGAACCAAAGAAAAUGGAGUUGAGUCAUUUUACCCUCCUGAAUGGAACAACAUACCUCACAGCUAUUUGGAGAAUUUGCAUCAGGCUAUUUUGAGCGUCACUAAUCCACACCCUGAUGUUUAUUUGGUUUUGAGAGUGGAAAAAGUGCUGCAGGGUGCAAUAAACCAAAGUACAGAGCCUUACAUCCGACCAGGACGAGACUCAAAAAUUGCUCAAAAAGCACUUAAAGUGGCCAAACUAUGCUGUCAAAAAUUAGGAAAGUACCGAAUGCCUUUUGCUUGGGCUGCUCGGCCUCUAUUUAGACACACAAGCGGCCAAUUAGACAUGUCUGCACAAUUUUCUUCUUUGUAUCGCCAGGAACCAAACAAACUAAAUGAUGAAGAGCUUCUGAAAAUGCUACAAGACUUCAAAAAGCCUGACAAAAUGAGCCGACUUACCACGAUCCCAGCAACAGUGAACAUAAACGUCACCUUUAUUACAGACCCACCUGAAAACUCGCUCACAACAUCCCUAGCUCCCAUCAAGCCAUUCAACCCCUCAUCAGAAACAGCUGCGUCAAUCGAGGUUGUUGAGUUUGAGAAUCAUUUAGCGACCGGUACGCCAGGUCGACAACCCUAUUCAGUCCCCUGCCACCACCUUUAUGUGUACCCUAAGCAGCUCUGCUUUGAGGCGCAAAAAGUUUUCGCCAAAGCUAGAAAUCUGGCCUGCACUGUAGAACUCCGCGAUUCUGACGCCGAAGACACUCAAGCCAUCAAAUGCAUUUAUCAAAUUCCGGGCAGUGAUCUUCUGGUCGAUCAAUUUGUGUGCCCAGUUUUGCACCACAACCGUUCUCCAAGUUGGUACUCCGAAGUGAAGCUGCGUCUGCCUGUGUGUUUGAGUCCAACGCAUCACUUGCUAUUUCGAUUUCAUCACAUUACCUGUGAUGCUAACAAGAAAACAAGUUUGGGAGGCAGCAAUUCCAGCCCUGGCCUUGAGUCGAGCGUUGGAUACGCAUGGUUGCCUCUAUCCACCGAUGGAAGGAUUGAAACUGGAGACAAAGAUCUAGCCAUAGCAGCAUCACUUCCUGAUGGCUACUUGGCAGUGAAGCCUCUUGGGCUGGGCAAGGGCGUAAGUCGUUGGUAUGCUGGCCCUGAAAUCACAUGGCUGGACGGACACAAGUCGUUAUUCCGAGUUGGCCUGCGUCUGGUCUCGACUCUUGCAACAACAGACGGCCACUUGCACAACAUGUUUGUUCAGGCUGAAAAACUGUUAGAGCCAAAACCGGUGCAACUUCCGCCAAACGAGCUGGAGACUUCCAAAGUUUUGAAGGCUGGUCAUGCGAUACACAUUUCUACACUUCUCAAUUUUCUGCCUACAAUUUUGAACUUGCUGUUCAAUUUAUUGGCCAAAUGUGGAAAUGUCGGGACUGUCGGCAUUGACACGAUGCGUCUUUUGCUACACAUAGUCACUCAAACGAAGGACGCUGGCAGGCACGAUGCUCUUGUUGCUUAUGUCAAAUACGUAUACGGAAGCUCGCAUGCUGGUGACAGCAACCAACCGCUCCAUGAGCAACUGGCAGUCCACAUGCCAGCUCUUCUUGACUCGAUUGCAGCCACCGAAAUUCAUUUGGCUCUGCAACUGAUGAGCCACUCAGGUUUCUUUUUAGAAAUUUUGGCCAAGAGCAUGGCCCAACACCUUCUAGUCACAGGACGGAUAAAGAUGCUUCGUAAUGAGCGCUUUUCAGCAGAUUUUACUUUGUCUCUAGGGCAAAUGUUGGACUCCUUAGCCCCGUGUGUCAUUGCAAAUUUCAAAGACCACAAACCUGAGGCACAGGAGCUCAACACCAGUAUUGCAUUAUUUCUCAAACGCUGCCUGAGUUUGAUGGACCGUGGUGUGGUGCUUGGCAUGGUCGGUCGCUACAGCCACAGGUUCAACACGAGCGAGCACGCCAUGUUGAGCGAGUACAAAUACUCAUUCUUGGGCACUGUUUGCUGCCACGAACACUUCAUUCCACUGAAUAUUCCACUCGCCCCACCGCCUUUAUCACCCAGUAGGAUUAAGAAAUUAGACAAUGGACAAAACUGGAGCGCCGGCCAGUUGAACGAAGACUUCUGCAAGCAGCAUUUCCUGGCUGCAUUGAUGCUCCGGGAGGUGCAGCACGCGCUCAACAAAGAGGUCUACCAAGUGAGACGAGCUGCCGUGCGCACUUUGAGAGAUCUGAUGGCCAAGCAUGAACUUGACUCUAGAUACCAAAAUAAGGGUCAGUUGGCCAGAAUUGCGUCGUUGUACCUGCCAUGGCUUGAAAUCGCCAUCGACAACAGGGACAGACUUCCCAUUGUCCUUUCCAGGUCUAGAGUUGGUACAAAAUCAACAAACGUGGCUUCGAGCAUAGCUGACAGCAACUUGGGUGGAAGCAGCAGCAUCCUCUCGGCAGCCAGUUGCCCGCAGAAUGGAUUUAGAGACAGGUCGAAUCGAAACACUUUGCACUUUGAUUCUUGCGGAUCGCCUUUCUUUUCCGGAGCACAGUCUAGGGAGAAUGUUGGCUUUUCUGCCAUUGCUGGUCAAGGUGUUGUCAUUGCUGGAUCUAAUGUCAGUUUGGAGUCUGAUGACUCAACAAUGUCAAUUGAUGCAGCUUCUGCUAUAUCUCAAGAGACAGCAAUUGCCAAAGGUCCAGGCAGUAUCGGAAGGAUGAUGCUAAAUAAUUCCCCUCAGCCUAAUUUACGACACAGAGACAUGCUUCAAGCAUCCGAGGCCCAAGACAUUCUACUUUGCUACCUGUUUGUGGUAAAACACAUCGGAGAUCAGUGCCUGGUUGCAUACUGGCAACAUUGCAGUCAAUCUCAGUUGCUUGGUUUCUUCCAGCUCUUACAUAUGAGUCUCUUGAAAUUCCAAUACCAAGGAAAAAGGCACCAGAGCGGUGGAUUGUCCAGCAAAUUAUCCCUGGCCUCUGCUCCCAUUCCAGUCACAAAUGGGUUCAAAAGCAGAAAAGCAAACACUCUGCCAGCCCGUAUGGAGGCGCCUGCCUUUGGAGCCUCCGAGCAAAGUUUCAUUGAUGACCAACCUAGUCCAAUAAGCGAGACAAAAAGUUGGAAACUAAGCAGAACAGUAUCCCAGCAGACUCUUUUAGAAGCAAACAUGGCUGCGGAAAUAGCCUUGGUUGUGCUUGACUGCGUUGGGCUGUACUGCAGGCAGUGCCGAGAUUCCAUUCUUGCUGCAGAAGACUCGCCGAUAACUGAAAAGAUCUUUGAAAUGUACCUCACUUUUCUGCAAGUGAGCCAGUGCGAGAGCAUUUUGAUGCACGUCUUUGCUGCUCUCAGGGCUUUUGUCAACAAUUUCUCUCCGGUCCUAUUUCAAGGGAGCGCAAAAAUCUGCGGACUGCUGUGUUCUGAGCUGCUACGCUGCUGCAACUCGAAACUUUCAAAAACGAGGCAGGAGUCUUGUGCUAUAAUUUAUCUUUUGAUGAGAAGCAACUUUGAAUACACUGGUCGCCAAGGAUUAACUCGCAUGCACCUGCAGCUUGUGAUAUCAGUUUCCCGGCUUCUUGGAAACAUGGACGUUUUAAACAACUCUAGAAUGCAGGAGUCUCUCUCGAUGAUAAACAAUUUUGCAAGCAGUGAUAAAGCAAUGAAAACAACACGAUUCCCAAAAGAAGUUCGGUCCUUGACAACAAGAAUGAGAAAUGUCCUGAUGGCCACUGCUCAAAUGAGGGAGCACAACCACGAACCAGAAGUCCUCAACGAGCUGCAACUCAACUUGGCGGACUCUUAUUCGUGCACACCUGAACUGAGGAUGACCUGGCUGCAAGCAUUAGCAGGGAACCACUCAAAGGCCAACUCGUACUCUGAAGCUGCUCUCUGCCACCUUCACAUGGCGGCGCUUCAGGCCGAGUACCUGAAACAGAAAGGCCUUUUAAGCUGGGGAGCCGAGGCAUUCUCGGCAAUAUCUCCAAACAUCACUGAAGACGAAAAGAAUCUCAAAGUUGACACUGGGGCUGCUGAAACUCAAUACACGGAAGUGUCCCUGACAGAGCAGUUGACCCAUUGCUCAGAUCUGUUGGAACGAGCCGAGCGUUACGAACUGCAAGUUCCUCUUUACCGACUCAUCAUUCCUUUGUAUGAAGGAAGGAGAGACUACAACGCCAUGGCUGCUGCCUUCAGACAUUUGGCUCAGUCUUGCACCAAAGCGUCCGAGUGUGCAACUAGAUCUGGACGACGUUUGCUCGGAACCUAUUACAGAGUUGCUUAUUAUGGACAGGCAUGUUUUGACGAGAACACUCAGGGAGUCGAGUACAUCUACAAAGAGCCAAAAGUCACCUCACUGGCUGAGCUUUCCGAACGCUUGACUCACCAGUUUGCAAGCAAGUUUGGACCCGGCGCUGUCAAGAUUGUGUGUGACGUGGACCGCACUGGCAGUGACAAGAAGGAUGACAGUGGUUGGGUUCUCGUCACCCAUGUCACACCGUACUGGGAGCCAAGCGAACUUGGUUCCAAACUCACCCUUUUCGAAAGGACCCACCACAAUGUGAAGCACUUCAUGUUCGACACUCCCUUCACUAAAAACGGACCUGCUCAGGGUGGACCCUCUGAGCAGUGGAAGCGAAGGACUAUCUUGACAACUUCGAAAUCCUUCCCUUACCUGGUUCGUCGACUGCCUGUGGUCGAGAGGAAAGUGAUGGAAUUAAAUCCACUUAUUGUGGCUCUGCAUGAGAUGAAGCAGCGGCUCUCAGACUUGGAAGAGGUUGUUUACUGUAACCCACCGGAUGCUAAACGGCUGCAGCUUUUGUUGCAGGGAAGUGUCUGUGUUCAAGUCAAUGCUGGACCGAUGGCUUACGCCUCUGCAUUCCUCGACCCGAGUAAGAAUUCUGACUACCCUGAGGACGAUCUAGAGCAAUUGCGAGACGUUUUCAGGGAGUUUGUCAGCGUUUGCUCUGAUGCUCUCCACGUGAACGCCAAACUAGUCUCCAGUGAACAGCAGGACUACCAGGAGAUGCUGUCGGAAACCUUCCAGAAAAUGUGCCAGGACCUGGGCGCCCUGAUGAGCGAGCCGAUCUUUUCCGAGGAAGAUUUGGCCGCCAAGAGACAAAGCUGCGCCCUUUUCAGUGCCAUCAGUGGCCUGCAAAAUGAUUCUAGUUUCUCGUAAAUAGCCAUACAAGUUAGUGUAAUUAGGUCGUACAAUAGGGUGUAUUUAUAUAUGUGUAUAAAUUAAGGGCCAUAUUUCAUCUCGUGACAUUCAUAACCUCCGCUGGGGCUGUUUUUCACCCUGAAUCUCGUAAUUGGAACGAUCAAAAUCAAGUAGCUUAAAAUUGCUAUUACCAUUAACUAUGUGUGAUAUUUUGCUUAGAUAUCACCGGCAGAACUAUUUUGUGCCAAUCACGUGCCUUAAGAUAUAAAAAACCUAAUCUUCACAAGUCAUUUGCGAAAUUAAAAUAUUUAAUAAUAUAAACGGAAGAGUUUCUAGGUAUUUCUAAAUCUUGGCUUCGGAAAUGUUUUUUAUGUAAAUUUAAUUUACAAAUUCAUCUUUGUUUUGUAAGACUUAUGAAUUUUCAAGUAAAGUCUUUAACGGAUAUUUAUUUACUUGCAGAACAAAAUAAUCAAUUAUUAGUAUCCAUUUGCCAUUUCAGUAAAUGUGAGCAAUAUUUAGUAAUUUUAACCAAAAUAAUCAUUUUAUAUAAGUUUCUGUGUGUUAAUUUAUUAAUUUACAGUUUUAAUUUGAUUUUUAUUCUUUCUUUCUUCAAGGCUUAUUGUGAAGAUUUGUAACGAAAUAUUUCCAGCCUUGUGUUUAGAUCAACCUGAAAAAGCUUUUGUAGAAAAUGAACUCGACUUGGCGUCGCAAUUGAUGAGAUAAACUUGUAAUUUAUGAUUUUUGUGUACAAAAGAAGAACUAACAAAAGUUGUUGUACAUUACAAAGUUUUGCUGUGAUCGUGAUUUGCGUUUUUGAAAAGUAAUCGAUGUCUCAAGACAAGGAGCGCUGCCAUGUUAAGUUUUCCUUUUUGGAUUUAUAAAAUAACGCUCCCUGCUUUUUGUGCUAUUAAUUAUUGAAAAAAGUAAACGUUGUACAAGCAAUCAAAUUAAUUUAUGUUGGUCUCCGGGAAAAAAUCUCACUCUCCAAACCAGAUCCCGCGGACAAAGUGAAAGAGAGCCGCAUGAAAACGUCAUCAGUCAUUCUAAUGUAACGGCCGGGCCAUUGAAAACCGCCACUGUUCAAACCCAAGUGGAAUUAAAAAUUGAGAAAUUUUUAACGAGAGCCUGUUUGAGGUCCAGCCGGCCACUCAGCGGCGGCGUCGGUCCGUUACGAGUCUAAUUUUUCAUUAAUUUCUCCUUUCCCGCCGCCGGUCCGUUGGCACAAAAAUUCGCAACUCGCAUUCCCACGGAUAAAAUACAUAAAUUUGCGCACAGACCAACGGGCGAAAAUGCACAACCUCUCUCGCGUCGUCAUUAUUGCAAUCGCGCCAUCUGCAACUUAAUGAAUGUGCAGUAGCCAAUUUUUCAGACUGUGCAUGAAUAAGCGGGGAAAAAAACUCCAGACGGCCUAUAUGGAAAUUGAAUGCGCUCGAGAGAGUUCCUUUCUCGUUCGUUAGGGUUGGAAAUUUUAAUUUGUGUGCGCUUGCUUUCGUCUGGUGUGCUCGGCGCGGCUAAUGAAUUUAUUCCCGAGAGGCGCACACGGCAUUAUAUUGAUUGGCAGAUGAAUUUAGAGCCGGGGAAAAAUAAUAAAAACUACUUUUGUUCUCGAGCCCGCAGGCUCUGGCUUGGCCUGCCAGUUUGAUUUUACGGCCGCGUAGGCCUCUGAAUUUUUAUCGGCCGACCUACUCGUCGCGUCCCCCAAAUUAAAUUAUUCCUUUGUGCGGCCAGCUGGUGUGUAAUUUUAGUCUGAAGUUCAAAAGAGAAGAAAAGUGCUCAAAAAUUUGAUUUGAAAAUUGGCUAUAGAAAAUUUUACUUUCAAAACAGUUCAAUCUUUUAUCAUAACGAAAUUGCCAAAAUUUGAAUCUUUUAAUCACCUCAAAUUAGAUUUAGUUCAAAGUAACUUCUUUAGUUUGAAAGUCAGGGAAAUAUUAAUUUAAUAAUGAUUUUUGUAAAAUGGAGUUUUUUUAUUUCAUUAACUUUUGGGUGAAGAGCUAGGAAUUUGCAAAAGUCUAGAAUCUCAUUCUAUAGGGAUUGGAAAAAUAGGUGAUCUUUUUAUUAUUAUAUUAUUUGUCCGAAAAUUACUGGAAUGCACUUAAAAAAAAGUCCCGAUAUGCCUUUCACUAGUUAAAAUUGAAGUUUUAGAAUCUCCUAAAAUAAUCUACUUGAUGAAAAUGAACCAUUUUAUUUAUGAACAACCAAUUUUCACCUAUUAUGUGAUCAUUCACUUAAAAUCUCACCUGCAUUCAGACAUAAUUUCACCAAAUCUUUUAUAUCACAUAUUUGUAUUAUUUCACCAAAUAUCACCUAUUUAUCCCAAGCCCGAAUUUUAUUCACUCAAUAAAUGCGUUAAUCGUUUUGGUUGAACUUAAAAAGUAACUCCUAAAGAAUAAAAUUCUUUAAUCUAAUUAAAGCCAUUUGACCGCAUUGCCAUGUGUCUAGGAUUUUUAGGUAGCUUCAAAAUCUAAAUUCCCAAAGUUAUAGUUAGUCAAGAGACUCAACGGAAUUCCCUUAAUGUGUAAUAUAUGGACCUGCUUAAAAUACAAUUUAAAUUGAAACGAAUUAAAUUCAACAGAAACAGAAAAAAAAUUCUCAGAAUAAAAAAUAAUAAUUAAAUGGUUUCCAAAUAAUUAAACUUAAAACUCAAUCAACUCUCUUGCAGCACCAAAUUAUCUAAACUAUAUUUAAAUGCACCUCUGAAAUUAUCUAAAUUGAAUUCAAAACUAAAAGCACGAAUAACACUAUAAUAUGAAACCGCGAAUCUCUAAGUAUGUUAUUGAAACUUCUCGUUAAAGCCCCCAAUACUCUGACAAUAAUAAUGGAGCGCACAAAAACCGCAAAAGUUUGCAGGCCAUAAAUUAUUUAUACCUUGACAAGAAAUUGUUUUCAUAUCUUUAUCUUUCGCACCUCCGCAAAUUGCACGGGUCGCUCUAGUCGGGUGCAAAUAGUGUAAUUUUCUAGGCUGCGCCAUCCGCUAUUGAUUAAACGGCGGAUCCGCCUGAUGCCCUGCUGGGUUAUCAGUUCGUGCCCGUCGCGCUAGUUGCCGACCCACGAGCACCCACGCCGCGAGCAAAUUUGGUGCAACCUCCACAUCGGAUCCGAUUUCUCCGAAAAUAUCAUCAUGUGUCACAAAUAAAACGCACUUUUCCGCAAAGAUAUUCUUGAGAGUGAUAAAAAUAAUAGAAAAUUUUUGUUCCUGUAUGUUUUAUUUCCAUCUGUUGUUGAAAUAGAGCCCUACUUAUGUUACGGUGCAAUCUCUACUUUUAUAACCACCAAAAUCUGGAAUUUGAAUCGCUAUCGUGGAUGUGAUUUAAUGUACAAUUUUUUUUUUUCAAACUUUCUGAACUCAUUUUUACUUUUUACUUUAAAUAUAAUGUUAACUUUGUUAAUAAUUGUCAUAUUUGGUUUUAUCAAAAGGCUCCUUUUGUUCUUGUGAAAAAUCAUCGACUUGAUGUGUUUUGUCAAUAAUGUAUUAUUAGGAUUAUUAGUUUGUAAAAAGGAAAGCAAAAACAAACGAAUAAAAACUACUUAUACCAUAAUAUUUG